UGAGGAAAGAGCUCAGAGUUCAGGACUAGAUCUUUUUCAUGCAGAGUAUUUAGGAUGUGAAAAAAGGAGAACGGAGAAGAAAAAAAUUGCAGAUAUUAUUUAAAGAAAAUUUCUAUUUUGGAAAAUGUUGGGUAAAAUCCUCAGUAUCAAAGAAAAGAAAAAGACUUAUUCUCUUUUUGACUGGAGACCUCAAAUUCUACCAGUCUGCCCCACCUCUAAAUGUUAUUUUCUGCCUGUACUAGGCUGUUAGAAGCUCACAGUACUCCUAUCAUUCUCAGCUUCUCGUCAGUCUCUUGCUGCUGGAGAGGGAAGGAAUUGCAGUUUAGGUUAAGGACGUGCAGAAAUACUGAGCAAAGACCUGACCAGCAAGAAUUUUGCAAAAGCCAAGCAGGAUCCGACCUGUGGGCACACAGGCAUGAGUUUUUUAGGUACCUCAAGGUCUAGAAGAGAAACAUUGGUGGGGGCUUGGUUUUUCAACUUUCACCUGCAGGGUGGUUCUCUUCUGAGCACGGAUGAGUCAGGAGCGGUUCCUUCUGUUCACCAGUGCUCAUCCAAAGGGAAACCCUGAUGCAAACUCAGAGACGUGGGCUUGUCCCUGCUUGCUGCUUAAUGCAGUGACCAGCUCCUGUGAGAGUGGAAGCCGGUUUUGGUUUUUUUUCCUAAUGGCUGCAAGUAAAUAGGAUUUAUUUCUUGGAUUAUAGAAGUAGCAUCCAAAAUGAACAGAAAAUCCAUUCCAUUGUGCAAAGGCUGUGACUUCUGGGGCUAAGGGCUGGGAGCUCUGUAGCAGCUGCAGGAGUGUCUCCUACCACCAUCUUCUGGAAGGCACCAAGAACUACAGCCUCUGUCAAGUAUUUUGGGACACACAUGUAGUAAGCCAGAAUGGGAAGUAUGGAUGUCUUAGUGAAACACGUGCUGAUGCAUAUUAUCUUCUCACUUCAGCCCAUCUGUCAGGCAGCUCACAACAACGAUUUCAAUAAAGUUCAUCUCCUUUUGGAGCGCAACGGCAACUAUCUGAAUGUCCAGGACAGCUUCAGUGGAGACACCCCUUUAAUUUGUGCAUGUAAACAAGGAAACAACAGGAUAGUUAAUUAUCUUCUUAGAAAACAUGCUGAUGUCAACCUCAGAAAUAAGAAGGACCGCACUUGCCUCCAUUAUGCUGUGAGGAAACGGUUUACCUUCCUUGACUACGUGCUCAUCAUAAUCCUCAUGCCAGUUAUGCUUAUUGGAUAUCUUCUCAUGGUCUCAAAGACAAAACAGAAUGAACACCUGGUCAAGAUGUUGCUUAGAGCUGGAGUCGAUGUGAAUGCUACAGACUCUUCUGGCAGCACAGCUCUUCACUAUGCUUGUGAAAUGAAAAACCAGGCAGUCAUUCCUCUACUGCUUGAAGCUCAUGCAGACACUUCUGUAAAGAAUCAGGAUGGGGAGACUCCCUUAGAUAUAGCAAGAAGAUUACAGUUCCACAACAUUGAAAGCAUGAUAGAAAAAGAUUCUUAGCCAUCAAGGACUCUCAAGCCUGCAGAAAAUUACCUCAUCUGACAAACCACCUUUCACAACAGCAGAAGUCCUGCAGAGGAUGGGGGCUGAUACUUGAUAAAGACUCGGUCCACAUCCACCCAUUCCUUGUUGCAGCCUUGGACAAUUUUGUGUGAGAUUUGUCAGUACCCCAAGGCCAUGUGUGGGGUGAAAGAAGUUCAUUUUGUUUUACUAAGCCAUGAAUUAUUACAAUAGUGCCCAAAAUAUUGCCCUUCCCAUCUGCUUCAUCAAUUUUAUUGCUUGACUUCUACAGACUGUGGAUUUUGAAAGCUAGCUAUAAAAUAUCUGGAAGCCUAAACCACUGCAUACAAUGGUUGGCAGCCAAUGCAAAAAUAAAAUCUCCUUUAGAGUGUGUUACUUGUUCCAUAGGGUAACUAAACAAUAUGCUACAGCAGUUAUGAAAAGUCUGGUACCCUUCCUCUUGUUAUUUCUCUCUCUGCAAUGGGAGUGGCUGGGAAAACAGAUCUCUCAGUUGAGUCCUUCCUCCUUCCAUCCUUCCUACGAUUUUCACACAACUUAAUUCUCACUGUGUGGCUACAAAGGUAGGAUUAUCUUCUCUUUUUCCAUCUAAGAAACAGCAAAAAGAGAUUCAGUGCCUUGCUGGAGACCAUAAAGAAAUUCAAUUCCCAGAUCACUUUAAUGCAUUAAGAAGUAGUAAUGAAAAUAUGUUUGGCUCAGAGAAACAGGUCUCUGGACUACCUUUCCAAUAUAAACAGUGUACUAAAAAAAAGAGUCAAUAAAUGAAAUGCUGUUGAUGGAAGCCAGAUGUAUCCUUCCCAUGGGACUAGACAGGACAGCAUGCUGUACAGAGUGGCGCAUGCAGCAGGGGAUAAUACCAAUCAUAGUAAUAAUAUAUCCAUGAGUCUUCUCUUGCAUAGGUGAAGGCAGAAGAAAACCUGCAGUAGUGAGCAAUCUAUUAGAAUGGCCCAGUGCUUUGUGAUUUAAUAAUGCAGCAAUAAAAGGGAGACUCUUUUUGUA